AAGCUAAGGAAUUUGACAAUUGUCAUGUUUGCAUAUAAUAAGACUGAUGUCCAUCCAUCAGUAUUUAUUCUCAUUGGCAUUCCUGGCUUGGAGGCUGCCCAUAUAUGGAUCUCUAUCCCUUUUUUUAUGGUCUAUGUUUUGGCCCUUCUGGGAAAUUGCUCUCUUCUUUUUAUCAUCAAGACUGACUCCAGUCUCCAUGAACCCAUGUACCUUUUCCUCUGCAUGCUGGCUGUGGCUGACCUGAUUGUAUGCACAACUGCAGUGCCUAAACUUCUCAGUCUCUUCUGGUUUCAAGAUGGAAAGAUUCCCUUUGAAGCUUGCCUCACUCAAGUGUUCCUCAUUCAUUCUUGUUCCACCAUGGAGUCUGGUUUCUUCCUGGCCAUGGCCUUUGAUCGUUAUGUAGCCAUUUGCAAUCCACUAAGACACUCUGCUAUUCUGACACACUCUGUAAUUAUGGGGAUGGGACUAGCUAUUGUAAUCCGGGGCACAGUUCUCCUUACUCCUCACCCUUUCAUGCUUCGUUGGCUUCCCUACUGCCGAACUAAUAUCAUUUCCCACACCUACUGUGAAUUCAUGGCUCUCAUCAAGAUAGCCUGUGCAGAAACAAGAAUCCGUAGAGCCUACAGUCUCAUUGUUGCUUUCCUUACAGGAGGAGUAGACUUCAUAUUGAUCAUUUGUUCUUAUGUUCUCAUACUACACACAGUCUUCCAACUGCCAUCCAAGGAUGCCCGACUCAAGACUUUGGGCACCUGUGGUUCCCAUGUCUGUGUUAUAUUAGUGUCAUAUACUCCAGCCUUUUUCUCUUUUCUCACCCACAGGUUUGGUCACCAUAUCGCUCCCCAUCUUCACAUAUUUGUGGCUAAUAUCUAUCUUCUGGUCCCACCCAUGGUAAAUCCUAUUAUUUAUGGGGUUAAGACCAAGAAGAUACGGGAAAGGUUUCUUAAAUGUUUCAAAUUUUCAAAAAAUCUGAACUAG